UGUGGCCUCCUAAGCAUGGACAUUUACAAGAUAUUUGGCAGGAGAAGGGAAAUGGCGAAAUGUUUGGAAAGUGGAGCUAAAAAACGGCACCACAACCCAGUGGCCAGCAUCUGCAGGAAGAUCAAGUCCAUCCAAAUGAUGGACCAAGUCUCCAACCCGGCUUUGCAGAUACCAAAAUUUCAGUCCCGGAACUUCGACAGCCCACAGUGCAAUACUAAAAAAAAUCUGGAAGAAAUACUGAAAGGGAGAACCUGCAGAAGCUGGGAAAGUACCUUUUCACCCUUGGUCAGCCCUGGCAGUGACAGCAUUUUCUCUGCAAACUCACCCGGUCUCGGGGCCACCUCUGACUCCUACGGUGAAAAUGCCACCUUUUCAAUCCCUAAAAGCAGUGAGAGACCCAGCAGCUCAUGGAUGCCUCCCUAUCCCAUGGAGAACUCUUCUCCAUACUGCUUUAGGCCCAGGGAGGCCAAUGCCCAGAACAAACCAUGUGCUUCAGAAAAUGCUGAGCCUAAAGACGUGCGGCCCAAGCAGAAGCAUCUGACAUCAAGUCCAAAUGUAUAUUUCUUCACAUCUGAAAAAAAGGCACAAAGUGCUGUGGUCCAACCUCUGAUGCCAAAAACAUUUCCUUCAAGUGAAAGAGGAGGCAGGAGGACUCUGGGGUACAAAGCUGACAGUAAGUACAACGUGAGCUUGAUCUGUGAAGAGGACCUGCUGACCACCAUCUUCUGUGCAUGUGACAUCCACCACACAGGAAAAGUGGCAGUGUCCAAGAUAAUUGAUUAUCUGAGGCAUACAACCAGCCAGGAGUCAGAGGACAGUGGUCUGGAAGAGCUGUGCAACAUGCUUGACCCGGAGCACAAAGACAUCUCCAUGGACCUGGAAACGUAUCACGCCGUCAUGGGAGAGUGGAUUGAAGACUGUAAGAGAAAAUGGGAAGAAGGUGCUACUGAGGAAUCAUCAGCAAGCACAGAAGACCUGGAAUUUCAAGCACCCAAGAACAUCUCUGAAGCCAAAAAGACACAUGUCUGGAUGAAUGUUACAUCAGGAAGCCUGGAGGCCUUUGGGGGUGAUGUAUCUAAAGGAGACAUGGAGACCUCGGACUUGAUAACCUGCGUUGCUGACCUGCAGUACAACAACCAGAAGCUUCAGGAGGAGAACAGCAAGCUGAAGCUCACCCUGGAAGCUGUGGAUGAGACCAACAGCAAGCUCCUGGCAGAUAAUGAGCAUCUACACCAGCAAUUAAAGAGCAUCCAGCACUCUGUGUCGAAAGCCAAAUCCCUGGAAGAAGAGCUGGAGGAAGCAAGGAACAACCUGAACCUGUCAGAAGAGAAGAGAGAGCAGAUUCUUUGGCAGAACAAACAGCUACAAAAAGAAAAUCAGUCUCUCAACAUCAAAGUUACUUCUCUCCAGGAAGAGAUUAUUAGGAAUAGCAUGGACACCAACGGGCUGCAAAAGAAGAUUUUGGAGCUGUCUAAAAACGCAGCACAGCUUCAAAUCCAAGCCCAUAUCUUUGAGAGCACUGUGGUGAAUAAAGAGGCAAGCCUGAUCCAGAAGGAGCAGGACAUCAAGGAGCUCAAGUUAACCAUUGUAGAGUGUUCCUCAAUAAUAGAGACACUGCGGGCUGAAAAAAACAAACUGCUGGAGAACAUCCAACAUAUGCAGCAAGAGCUGAUCUCGAAUGGGUUAAAUUUCCCAUUGUUGUAUAAAUUUAACAGCAAUAUUCCUGAAGGGGCGAGUUCACUGCACUCUGAACUGGAGCUUGCACAGUCUUCUGAGAUUAUCAGGACUGAAUGGACAUCCCUGGAUGAAACACUGGACCGUGAAGUGCUGCUUUUGCUUCAGGGGCCUGAAUAUGCAGGAGAAAAAUUCCAGACUAUCAUGCAAAACCUGCAAGAGGCAGCCUCUGAAGCAGAGGAGCUUGUCAUGGCUUCAUUAGAAUGGGUAAAAGAUCCUGAUGAAGACAUGCAACAGGCCUGGGAAGGAAAACUUGUGGCUCUCAAGCAAGAACUGGGAGAAAAAAGCCAUCUUUGGACCCAGAAACUCCAGCUUCUGGAAAAAUGCAAGGAGUCCUUAGACAAGGAUUUUAUUCGAGUGGCAGGCAACCUGAGGAGAACCAAGACAGAACAACUUCACCUAAGGAAAGAGCUCUCUGCUAGGCAACGCGAGAUAGAAACUGCCAAACAGCUCCAAGAAGAAACUGCUGGCCAGGCAGAAGCCCUGCGUUCAGAGCUGCAAAAAGCCACCCAGCAGCUGGAGGAUGCCAGCAAGCAGGCGGAGGAUCAAGUUGAAGCAUUUCACUCUGCUUGUGAGGAAGCAGCAUCCUUGAAGAGCAAGUUGGAGGAAGCCAUUUCUGAGCAGCAGAAGCUCAGGGAUGUCAAUGCAGCUUUAGCAGGCACUUGCCAGUUGCUUCAGGAGAAGGUGGAAGACCACAAAACAACUGCUAAUGCCCUGAGAUGGGAACUGCUGCAGAGGAGACUCUGUGAAUUGCUGUGCCAGUGCUGUGCAGAGUUAGAAUCUGACUACGCUCUGCUGCCCACGUCAGCUGAACAUGUAAAAGGGAAGCAGCUCCAUUGCUCCAAACAACCAUGGAGUGAAGGACCCACCUGGUACUCUGCCUUUCCCUGGGUGCUGCCCUCGGCUGUUUCACACUGGCACAGCUCCUCUCUGCUAGAUGCUCUGACCUUGGAGAUCUCCUGCCCAAAUAACCCUCCUGGGCACAGCUCUGGCAGCUGCACCUUGGAGAGGUGUGAUGUGGGACACGUGUCCAGCUCGGAUGUGACAUCAGGAGAAUGCAGGUGGAAAAUACGCUCUGCUGAUGACUACACUGAUGCAGACCUUCCUGUUUCCAUUGCAAUGAUGGACUCUUCACUUGCUGAGGUUGACCGUGGGGAGCCGACACCGCCAGCUGCUCUGAUCACAUCCAGUGAUCACUCAACAUCAGCCCAAGAAGCUCUUGCAUCCUCAGUGGAAAGCACAGCACCAGUACCGGGACCAAGUGAAAUCAAAAAGGAAUCCUGCCUGGUGAUGGAAGAAAACAAGCCUGUGUUUCAAAAUGUUUUGAAGCAAGACAUGGAGCUGGGCCAGGAAAAGAAAGAUAAUAAAGAGUGGAGUGAGGAAGCACCAGCUGUGGUUCCCAGCAGGAAAGGGAGUUCACCCACUGCAGGUGGCAUUAAAGGAGAUAAAACCAAGCAAAAUGAGCCUGACUCCCCAAAUGAGAAGGAAGUGGAGGCUGAAUUUCUGAGGCUGUCUUUAGGUUUUAAGUGUGACUUGUUUACUUUGGAUAAGAGAGUGAAGCUUGAAGAGAGGUCCCGAGACCUGGCUGAAGAAAACUUGAAAAAGGAGAUCACAAAUGCUGUGAACAUGUUAGAGGCUUUAGUUCCUUUGUGUGAAGAAGAUAACCAAGCACAGGAGAUCAUUAAGAAGCUGCAGAAAAGCCUGCAGUUCCUUAGCCAAUACGCAGCUCGAGUCGCCAGCAGAGCAGAGAUGUUGGGAGCUAUUAAUCAGGAGAGCCGGGUGAGCAAGGCUGUGGAGGUGAUGAUCCAGCACGUGGAGAACCUGAAGCGCAUGUACGCCAAAGAGCACGCGGAGCUCGAGGAGCUCAAGCAGGUUCUGCUCCAGAACGAGAGGUCCUUCAGCUGCCUUGGAGACAGAGAUGAAUCUAUGAGCAAGAAGCUACCGAGUCCUUUUAACUUUAAGCCCUCGUCAGCCCUGCGGAGAGUUAGCAUUGCAACAGUGCCCAGGAGUGCUGGGAAUGCAGGAAUUGGGGUGCCACUGGCCCAGCUCCAUGAACCUGAUGGGGAUGAACGGAAUGACAGAUUCAGCAGGAGAUCAAGCAGUUGGGGCAGGCUAGGGGUGAAGCAGAACGAGAAGCGUCCUUCACUGCAGAGGUUCCUCAGCACCUAUUCCUGGGCAGAGUAUGAAGAGGAGCAUUUUGAAACCAAAAAUGAGCAGCUGGAAUCACCUGCUGAAGUACAGGAACAACCAACUAGAAAAGAAAGUGUCUCUGAAAAAGGAAAACACCCAUCCCAAUGGACCCUGGAGUCAAUGUACACUUUGAUGUCAGCAUGGACAUCCCACCUCAAGGCCUCCUUUUGCAACGCCAACAAAACGCUCUGGGUGUCGGUGUCGGUGCUGGUGCUGCUGGCCGCCCUGACGAGCUUCCUGACGGGGCUGUCCCUGCAGAGGCCGGCGGAGGCGGCCCCUGCGGGCACCGGGGACUCGUGGACAGCGGUGCAGCAGCUGCUGUGGCCCUACACAGGCCUGCAGCACAAGGGCCCUCCCCCGGUGUGACCGGCAGGGC